CGGUGGUGUCAAAGAAAAAAACAACGAAUAGACAAGUACUUCCGCUCUGACCGGAAGUUAUUCACUUCCCAGCUUCACCAUGGUUCCUCCAGUCGCAGUGUCGCCGCUCAUAAAGACGGCCCGGUGGUCCGCUCUGCUGCUCGGCAUGUUCUAUGGCAAACAGAGGUUCGAUUACCUAAAGCCCAUUGCUGAGGAGGAGAAGAGGGUUGAGGAAGCCGAGAAGAAGAUCAGAGAGGAGCAGGAGCGCAUCUACAAACAACUGGCUGAAGCUAAUUCUGACUCCAUCUUGAAAUGAAUGAACUCCAAACCCGUUAGGACAUAGUGGUCCUAAACUCAAUAAACAAAAACAUAUUUUUUAUGUAUUAAUCAAA